UGUGUGUUUAAUGAAGGAUGGUGUGUUUAAUGAAGGAUGGUGUGUUUAAUGAAGGAUGGUGUGUUUAAUGAAGGAUGGUGUGUUUAAUGAAGGAUGGUGUGUUAAUGAAGGAUGGUGUGUUUAAUGAAGGAUGGUGUGUUUAAUGAAGGAUGGUGUGUUUAAUGAAGGAUGGUGUGUUUAAUGAAGGAUGGUGUGUUUAAUGAAGGAUGGUGUGUUUAAUGAAGGAUGGUGUGUUUAAUGAAGGAUGGUGUGUUUAAUGAAGGAUGGUGUGUAACGAGAGUGUGUGUGUGUGCGUGGGCGGGUGCAUGCAGGCCUGCUAGGUCUGCAGCUGAUUAACGGUAAGAACGAGUCGGCCCACAUCAUGGACGCGGUGGCGGUGGUGGCACAGUCGCUGCAGGAGCUGCUGGAGAAGGAGAACAUCACGGAGCCGCCGCGAGGCUGCGUUGGAAACACCAACAUCUGGAGGACGGGGCCUCUCUUCAAAAGAGUGCUGAUGGCAUCAAAGUAUCCUGACGGCCUGACCGGACGCAUCGAGUUUAACGACGAUGGCGACCGCCGCUUCGCUACCUACAGCAUCCUCAACUACCUGCAGAAGCCUGGACGCCUCGUCCCUGUCGGAGUCUUCAACGGAUCACAAGUGGUGAUGAACCCCCAGAAGAAGAUCAUCUGGCCAGGUGGGGAGACAGAGAGGCCAGUAGGUUACCAGAUGUCAACCAAGCUGAAGAUUGUGACCAUCCACCAGGAGCCGUUUGUGUACGUCAAGCCAACAAAGAGUGACGGCACCUGCAAGGAGGAGUACUCCGUCAAUGGAGUGCUCAUCAAGAAGGUCAUCUGUACCGGACCCAACGGGACUAUCCCAGGGCAGCCGAUAGUUCCUCAGUGUUGCUAUGGUUUCUGCAUCGACCUUCUCAUCAAGCUGGCCAUGAGCAUGAACUUCACCUACGAAGUUCACCUGGUGGCUGACGGCAAAUUUGGCACCCAAGAGCGAGUGAACAACAGUAACAAGAAGGAGUGGAACGGCAUGAUGGGGGAGCUGCUGGGGGGUCUGGCCGACAUGAUUGUGGCCCCCCUCACCAUCAACAACGAGCGCGCUCAGUACAUCGAGUUCUCCAAACCCUUCAAGUAUCAGGGCCUCACCAUCCUCGUUAAGAAGGAAAUCCCCCGCAGCACUUUGGACUCGUUCAUGCAGCCGUUCCAGAGCACCUUGUGGCUCUUAGUCGGCCUGUCGGUCCACGUGGUGGCAGUGAUGCUCUACCUAUUAGACCGCUUCAGCCCAUUUGGAAGGUUUAAAGUCAACAGUGAAGAGGAGGAAGAAGACGCCCUCACCUUAUCCUCAGCCAUGUGGUUUUCGUGGGGAGUACUGCUCAACUCCGGUAUAGGAGAAGGAGCCCCACGGAGUUUUUCGGCGAGGAUUCUGGGAAUGGUGUGGGCAGGUUUCGCCAUGAUCAUCGUGGCCUCGUACACCGCCAACCUGGCGGCCUUCCUAGUGCUGGACCGGCCUGAGGAGCGCAUCACUGGCAUCAACGACCCCAGGCUGCGUAACCCGUCGGACAAGUUCAUCUACGCGACGGUGAAGCAGAGCUCGGUGGACAUCUACUUCCGGCGGCAGGUGGAGCUGAGCACCAUGUAUCGUCACAUGGAGAAGCACAACUACGAGAGCGCCGCCGAGGCCAUCCAGGCCGUGCGGGACAACAAGCUGCACGCCUUCAUCUGGGACAGCGCGGUGCUGGAGUUCGAGGCGUCCCAGAAGUGCGACCUGGUGACCACGGGAGAACUCUUCUUCCGCUCGGGCUUCGGGAUCGGGAUGAGGAAGGACAGCCCGUGGAAGCAGAACGUGUCCUUGGCUAUUCUCAGCUCUCACGAGAACGGCUUCAUGGAGGAUCUGGACAAGACGUGGGUUCGAUACCAGGAGUGUGACUCCCGCAGUAACGCUCCCGCUACUCUCACCUUUGAGAACAUGGCAGGUGUGUUCAUGCUGGUGGCGGGGGGCAUCGUGGCGGGCAUCUUCCUCAUCUUCAUCGAGAUCGCCUACAAGCGGCACAAGGACGCCCGCAGGAAGCAGAUGCAGUUGGCCUUCGCCGCCGUCAACGUGUGGAGGAAGAACCUGCAGCCCUACCCCAGCGACAUCACCGGGCAGAUCAACCUGGCGGACCCCUCCGUCAGCACCGUGGUCUGACCGCCGCCGCCUCAGUCACACACAUGUGCUUUUAUUUUGGUAGCGUCAUUUAUCGGGAGGGCGGGGCCUGUGGAGCAGGAAGUAAACCGCAUGUUGUCUAUUUUUUUAAUCCAGUCACAUCAGCAAUAAAAAGUCCUCUCAUAUUUCCGGAAAUGUGACCUCGCUUCCAGGAACUAGAUCCAAGGUAUAAGCUUGCUGCUCCAUAGGCUCCGCCCCCCCCAGUCCCGUGGCAUGAUGGGACACCACCGAUGAUGUCACCAGAUGUGUAUGAUGUCAUGCUGUCUACCGCCAACUGCCAAUGCUACGUUAGCUUAGCCCGUCAACUUUGUGGUGAAGAUGUAGCAUCAAAGGGGGCUAGCAGCUAUUGUUAGCGCCCGGUGGCGCUCCAUGCGCUAAUGUGGCUAACGCUAAUUUAUGCUGAGUCCGCACACGCACACUUUUAGAUGUACUUUGUUCGAUUCUCCGACUGCAACUGUGCUCUGAGACGCCUGACGCGGAACCCCAGCGUGUCCGCCCGUCCAAUGCUUGCCGUCCUCCUCUUCCUCAGCAGGCUUUUAUUGUGAAAACCUCGCGACAGACAUUGUUACCGGCCGGUCCGACCUUAGACCUGGUCCAACUUUAGACCCUGUCCGACUUUAGACAAGGACUGACUUUAGACCAGGACUAACUUUAGACCAGGACUGACUUUAGACCGGUAGCGCAGAAAGCGAGUCUGGACUGAAGAGCGGUUGCGUUUCGUUGAGCUUCUAAGGCAACAAUUUGUAAACUAUUUGAUGUUUUUUAAGGAAAUAUCGCACUGUACAAUAUUGUCUUCAUUAUUAUUAUUAUAUGUGCGUUUUGUACGCUAGGCUAAACUGCCUACAUUACCCACAAUGCACCUCUCACUGACCUUUGCUUGCUAGCGCCACCUGUUUUAUCUCCAUGCUAACGUAGCAACGCCUCCCAAGCGGGGGGGUUUUCAUUGAUUGAUUGAUUGAUUGAAACUUUCAUUAGUAGAUUGCACAUACUACGAUCAAUUCAUGGUAACCGUUACUGAUGAUGUCAGCAUUUCCUGCUGCUGCUAAUGCUAACGCGCUAAUGCUAAUGCCCCUUUUCCCGCCGUGACGGUGCACCUGGACAGCCGGGUUUCUACUUCCUGUUACGUGUUGUGAUGGACUAACCUUCUUUUCCAAGUCAUCAAUAAAUUCAACACAUUUC